AUUUGACCUAGGGGAUACCCAUCCCGCCUCAGAUUGCUGAAGCGGGUCAUUUGGUCUGUGUUCAUGCAUGUUACUUUCGCUUGUGUUGGUUUUUCUCCUCAUAGCUAUUUCGAAUGGAGAAAAUGAUUAUUUACAUCUUCGGGUGAUAAAUCCAUCUACUCUGCCGUUCACAUAUCGCUUAAGUCCUGGUCAAAUAGGACCCCAUUUUAAUACAACAUUUACGUCUACCUCAUUAGUGCUAACAGAACCUCCUCACGCAUGUGAGCUGGUAAGUAAUGCACAUGAAGUUAAUCGAAAUAUUGCUCUCAUAAUUCGUGGAGGUUGUAGUUUCGUCACGAAAGCUAUUAAUGCUCACGUUGCCGGUGCAGUUGCUGUGAUUGUUUAUGAUUUUAACCGCAAGGCUAUCCACACAUUUAGCAUGAUUCAGGACGAUACUUCCAGACGUGUGCAGAUACCAUGUGCGUUUAUGAAUGGAAAGGAUGGGUAUGUUAUUUGUAUACUUUUUAAAUUUUAAACUGCUUUGGUGGACACAAGUAAUUUCUAUAGCCUUUGUUAGCCGCUUAUCUUGUUUGACAGAUGAUUGAAUGGAAAUUACUACAACGAUGUGGUUCGAAAAUCAGUUUACUUAAAAGUCACUUUGGCGAAUAUAAACGGGAGAAUUUCAAAUAAAUUAGUCCAGUACGGUUUCAUGUUACUUGCGCUAACCCUAAAGAUGAAAUUUAUGUAAACACUCAUGUAGACAACUAACGGAUGUUAUGACUGAUUUCAUUUUCCUUUCAUGAAAUUUAUGCAGAGCAACGGCACCUGUUUUUGUGCAUUUGAAAUUUAAGGAUAGCGUCUAGGAACUAUUUGAAUAAACUACAGCUGAUGAGUGAAAGUGCAAUAAUCGUCAUCGGACAGUAAGUCUAUUUCAUUCGCGUACUCGAUAUCAAAAACUUUCUCCAGUGAAAGGAUCCAGACCACCACUUCUUACAUCAGAGCUGUUUUCAGAAUGUUAUAGAUGAAAAUUUUGGAAACGAAUGGUGCAAUUAAGUAACUCAAAAUCCACUACUGAUCUGGAUCAGUUGAGAGGCGAAUGCAUGAGGUCACUACGUAAGAUAGUUUGCACAAUGUAUCCAAAACAUUAACAAAACCAGUAACCACACCCUUCUUAAAGAGAUAAUCAUAAAGAACAGUCCUGUCCAAUAGAUAGAAGGCAACACCUAUCAGCAAACACAACGACCGUUGGGCUAUAAAAAUUGUUAGUUUUCUUGGGACAAAAGUUAUCUUGUGAUAACUACAUAGGAAUCAGUUUAACUAACAGUAUCCAGUGCUUAACAAGAACUCACAAAGAUCAAACUAGAGGGAUCCAUGCCUGUUUCAGAUAUAGCUAUGGAUGUGUAGACUAAACAUUCGCACCUCCUCAGGUUCUAUAACGCAGGCAUACUUACCGACUCCCAACCAUAGUUAAAUUUCUCGACCCCUAGGCGACAUUUGAUCCUGUAAAUCGACAAGUUCUAAGGCAGUCUCUGUCAUUGAAAGACGUACCAAAAAAGCACAUUAACAUAGUAGAUGCUCCAUUCGAACACUUCUGGUCGAGUCUGAGCUUAUGUCGAAAUGUUAUCAGAAAUUAUAACUUUAAAUAGUGUUUGUCUGGAAUGCACACUUCCCGCGUUUUCGUUUGACUUUGUGGUCGACAUGCUUUUCAAAAUGACACUUCCAUCGCCUGACAUUUUAGCUGCUGGUCUACCAGGAUAUUUACUUAUUGACUCAGAUGAUAUAGUUAUGUUUGGUGAAGACACUGACACAAUGUAGUCUUCUGACAUCGUCAAACAACGAAGCCAGGAUGUUUUGGAUGCUCUUCUCUCCUUCCGAAUUCAAAAUCUUGCGUUGGAAUUGAUUUUCUUCGUCAUCUGAAUCAAUGAUAGGAAGUCAAGUAAUUGAAUGUACCGACCGUUUCAAUUAUCUUGGGAGCCUCAUCAGUCCCAGUGUGGCGGUAUCUGACAAAAUUUAGUAGUAAUAAGCUCAACAGGAAACAAAUUUUAGUCGGAUACAUAUAAGUAUUAAUUUGUUUUGGUGAUUUUGGAAAUAAUUAACUAGAUUUACAUUUAAUUUUUCUCUUUAAUUUUAAAGGCAUUCAAUAACCACUGCUUUGGAUAAUUUAAAUCUAACAAAAGCAUUAGUUGAUUUUCCUGUUAAUGUUUCUGUGGUUCCAGUAUAUCACUUGCGUUUAUCUCCAUGGACAUUAUGGUGAAGAAUAAAAUAUACAUCCAACCUUAUUUGCUUCUACAAAUCAAUGACUACAUGACUGUAAUUUCUGCACUAUGACUACAUUGUAAGAUACCACUUCUUGGAUAUGACAAUAUGUUUUCAUAUGACCUACAAUUAUUUCAUUUAAAAAUGAGAUUUCCUUUGGUCAUAUAAUUCACUAACAUUAUAUCCUACGUUUGUCUUUUCUUCAACGUUGUAGUCUCCGUUUUCUCAUGUAAAUAGUUGUUCUUUUUGUUAAACCUGCCUACUAUCUUCUCCCAACUGAGUAAUUAUAGUUUUAUUAAUA